CACGAUGCUUGCCAACAACACGCGCAACGCAUUUGUUGCCGUCUCAAAACGGCCGUACAUAUGUCAAUCAUGCUUGCGCCGGGCUAAGCAGCUCUCAUUGGCCUCAGCGCGCCUUCCCACACGAUCCCCCGCCCGAAGCCUACAAACCGCCAGCCAGCCGCCAGCCCAAGACGAUACACCUUUCCGAAAAGCACUCAAAGAUGCCGCCAAACAGCAGAAGAAGGCAUCAAAAGGUGGUAAGAAGUCUAAGAAAGCUAUCGAUCCUCGACUGGAGAAGUGGGAAUUGACGGUAGGAAUUGAGAUACACGCCGAAUUGAACACAGCACGAAAGCUCUUCUCAGGCGCUGCAACAUCUGUCAGCGAGUCGCCAAACACACACGCCUCUCUCUUUGACACUGCCUUCCCUGGCAGUCAACCUCACUUCCAGAAGGAAACCCUCCUGCCCGCUCUGCGCGCUGCCCUAGCAUUCGACUGCACAAUUCAACCAAGGAGCAGCUUCGACCGCAAGCACUACUUCUACCAGGACCAGCCCAACGGUUACCAGAUCACCCAAUACUACGAGCCAUUUGCGACCGAUGGUCACGUCACGCUGUACGCUCACGACUUCCCCGCUGGGUCUGCACCGGAAGAUUGUCCUAUCAAGAUUGGCAUCAAGCAGGUGCAGAUGGAACAGGACACAGCCAAGACAGUACAGCAGCCGCCCUCGACACAUCUACUCGAUUUCAACCGCGUCUCACAUCCUCUGAUCGAGAUCAUCACGCUUCCUCACAUUCACGACCCUCUCGUAGCCGCUGCAUGCGUCCGCAAGAUCCAGACAAUACUCAGGACCGUGAAUGCAUGCACAGCAGGUAUGGAGAUGGGUGGAUUGCGUGCCGACGUCAAUGUUUCGAUCCGCGAGCGAGGCCAGACCCUGAGCGAAGGCGGGCUGUCAUACUCUGGCGUGACCGGCCUUGGACAACGGACCGAGAUCAAGAAUUUAGCCAGCGUCAAGGCUGUAGAGGAUGCAAUCAUUGCGGAACGCGACCGCCAGAUCGAGCUUCUUGAGAGCGGUGGGUCUGUCGAGGGCGAGACCCGCGGCUGGACUGUGGGCAGCAAGACCACCAAACGUCUGCGUGGUAAAGAGGGCGAAAUUGACUAUCGGUACAUGCCCGACCCAGACAUUUCGCCAGUCUUUAUCGCUCAGGACCUUGUCAACCAUCUUCGAAAGAACUUGCCCGUGCUCCCGGACCGAAUUGUCGAUGUGCUAGUGGAGAAGUACGGGCUGUCGACCAAAGACGCCGGUACACUCUUAUCUUUCGACAACGGCGACCGUUUGGAGUACUUUUUCGAGGUCACGAACCAGCUUGCAAGGGCAAGGAACAUCAGAUCGAGCGACCCUGAAUUUUCUGCACUCGGCAAGGCGGUAGGCAACUGGGUCCUAAUGGAGCUGGGUAGUCUGUACAAAGAUGAAGAAUGGUCUGCAACGCGCGUUUCGCCCGAAGUCCUCGUUUCGAUCGUCGACCAGCUGUUGCAGAAGCGCAUCACAUCGCGGUCCGCCAAAAGGCUACUGGCCGUAAAGUUCGAGGGCGAGGAGCGCCACGUCGAGCGACUCAUCGAGGACUUCAACAUGGUCUUCAGGCCCCUGUCACCCACAGAGUACCGCGGCUUUGCCCAGACCCUGCUGGACGAGAAGCCGGACAUGGUCAGAGACAUUGUCGAGAAGGGUCAGGAAAAGAAAAUUAAGUGGUUCGUGGGACAGAUGAUGGCCAGGAGUCCGGAAGGUACUGUGGAGGCCGAUGUCGCUGAGCAGACGAUCAAGGAGCUUCUACCUAAAGCGAAGACUGCGGAGUAAACUAGAUGGUGGGUACCUAAUCAUUAAUAUUCCCAGGUUAUUGUGUUGUGACCCCUCUUUCUACCUGACAUUGCGAUGGAGCUGUUGGACCCCUGAGUUUGUUAUACAAUGGAUUACGUCUACAGCACGACCACGGAACUAGACGUGAGUGCAAAAGCGUUCAUAGGGACAGAUGGAAAGAUGUAUGAGUCUGAUUG